CCUGUCUGUCGUCAGUUAACACUGGGAAUGAUCAGAACAACAGCGGAUUACUGCUGGCUGCAUCCUCCACUGGGAUAUUGCUGUAUACAGUAUAGUUAAGAAGAAGAUUCGCAGGAAGGAUGAAUCGCUCGUGUGUAAACUGCCUGAAGACUAUGAUAGUCCAUCUGCACUUCUUGUGCUGGCUGUGCAGUGCCUUUGUCGUGGCCUUCGGGGAGUUCCAGAUGAUGCACUCCAGGUUCGCCUCUCUCGUCACCACCUUCUGGCCCAUCUACCCUGCCAACACUCUGGUGGUCACCGGUACCAUCGCCACCUGUGUGUGUUACCUGGGAGUGCUAGGAGGCAUGAGGGAGAACCGCUGCAUGCUCAUCAGUUUUUUUAUCCUGCUGUUUAUCCUGAUGCUGGUGGAGCUGGCCAUGGCCUGUGUGUUCCUGGUCUACAACAGAGAGAUUCACACUUACUUUGAGAGGGACCUGAUGCAAAGCUUGGAGAUCUACAGACAGUCCAGUCCAGAAGGAAACAAGACAAUUAAAGAGGACUUUGAUGCUGUCCAGCACCUGUUUAGUUGCUGCGGAGUUCAUGGUCCUGCCGACUGGAAGGGGAACAUCCCAAUCUCCUGUUGUGCUAAGGACCCCUGUAACGCUGUCAACCAGCCCAACUGGGAAGAGGGUUGUCUUGAGAAGCUGCAGGGCUGGUUUGCAGGAAACUACCUUAGCACGGGGGCAGGAGUUGUCACAAUGUUUAUUUUACAGUUUGUUUGCCUGUGUAUCACCAUCCCUUUCUUUUGCCACUUCAGUCGACAUGGACUGGGUUACCAGUGAAAAGGUGUAUCAAACAGUAACUGCAGUCUGGAGUGACUUUCAGAAGGACAACGGGACGCCUUUCCCCACAUCAACUCUUAAUAAUCUCUUCUCAAUGCCCAAGGUCUGUUGUCAUUUCUAGAAAAAAAAAGAAGAGGAAUUGCUGGAGAUUUUAGCUGAUAAUCGACUUAGCUGAUAAGAUGUGGCAUAAUUAUGUAAGACAUGCCCUAACCCUCAAAGACCCCGAGAUAUAUUCCACAAAUUAGACUCACACCCUUCCUAGAACGUUUUGAAUUAGACCAAAGCCCCUUUCAUGUGGGAUUUAUUUCUCAAGGGUAUGGGAAGUUAUUUUAGUAGAGAUAUAUCACUCAGCCCAGUUAUACUUAAAAUUAACUGAAAUCACCCCCUGCUUCAACCUCCUGCUGUUUAAAUCCUCUCUGAAGCAACAUUCCUGUAUUUCCAAAGUGAAUCUCUGGGAUUAUUCCUGCACUUUAGUAACACAACAUAUGGGCCUAUUUGUCAAUGUAAAAAUAUUCACUUUACACCAGUUGGCUGUAAUUGGUUGUAAUGUUAUUAGAGAUAGGUGUUGUUCUCUUUCAAACUACGCUGAAUUAUUAUAGUGUUGUAUAUACAGUAAAUGCCGACUGCUGCUGAGUUAAUUCAGCACUGAGGAAAACUUUAAAAUGUCAGCUUAUGAAACAUCUUACUUUAUUUUUAUCUUUUCUGUCUUUGUGUUCCAAUUGAAUGUUUUAUUACAGCUCAUAUCUUGUAGUUUGCAGUUUAUUCAUAUCCAACCAUGACAUUUAGAUCAGUUUUUGCACUUUAUAUUUGGACUGGUUUUGAUCAGGGAAUACAUUGAAACUUGUGAGUAAUCUUUUACUCUGUGUAAUAAGUCAUAAAUCACCUCACACAUUUCAGCUGUUUUCUGCUUGUGUUUUGCUUUUGUGUGUGCGCACCCUGGGUGGGUGUCGACACUAACCUGAAGCACACAUCAGUGGAACAUUCAAAAUCCUCUCAGUAUGAAAAAGAAAAAAACUUCUGGACUGUUUCUAAACUGUUUUGUGUGUGUGUGUGUGUCAGGCUGCAUCCCGCCAGGGAUGUCUGCUUCCAUCAAGGAGUGUCAUUGCUAUAGGAUGGGGGUGUCUGGUCUGGUCUAGGUGGGUGCUACAUGUCUAAGUAACAUCCACAUGAAUGAAUACCAGGUUCAAAGGUUUCCCAGGUUUCCCAGCAGAACACUGAAUUGUUACCAGAUGGUCCAUGUCAUUUACUUCAUCUGUCAAUGGUUUUAAUGUUGUGGCUGAUCUGUGUAUAUAAAGGGCUCCACAUGUGAUCUCAUCUGACUCAUGGUCCCCACUUUCUCCCUGACCAUUCCUAUGUAACAGAAAGUUUAAAUUGUGUCAGUUUUCUAUCCUCUUUGGUUGAUUCUGGUGGUUAUUAAACAAUCAGACACUUAUUUGUGAGGCAGAGACAAAUGAGCUGAGUUCAAAUGUGUCCUGAAUGUUGAACCAACGUGGCUACUCGUGUGUGCUGUGCUGUUCCUCAUAGAUUUUGUUUAGUGGGAAAGAUGCCAGAGGUUUUUUUUGUUCCGUGACAUCAUUUCAUUUCAGAAUCAGAUCUCCCACAGGGUGUUGUUUUGUUUGAGUGGCAGAGCUCAGUAUUUGUAAAGAGGGACAGAGGAGGAGUGAGUAGUGGCACAGACAGGUUAGUGACAAACUGAAUGAGAGUUGGAUGGAGGGCGUGGUAGGUGAUGUUCCAGGAGCCAGAGUAACAGAAACGGCUGUAAAACCCUCUGUAAUUUAUUCCAUUUCUAGCAGACACUGAGUAGUACAACAGUUAUCACAUGAAAUGCUGUGAAAUAAAAAUAUGACUUGGACACA